AUGAUUUUUCCUUUUGUAUCCGUAAUAAGAGAUGGUAAAACAAUUCUUUCUGCUGUAUUAUUUGAAGUCGAUGAAAACUUGACUUUUGAAGAUCUACUUUAUCAAGCAGAUAGUGACUAUGUUUCUGAGGAAGUUGUUAGAGUUGAUAUUCAAGUUCGAGGCACAAACAUAUGGCAUAUGGUGGCAUCUGGUUUAAAUGGAUGUCUGAGAAUGUCUAAAAAAUGUUUGCCUAACUCAAAACCAUCAACAAAUCGUAAUGAUCAGUUAUAUAAUGAUAUUUUAGAACUUUUACGCAGUAAAAAUCUUGGUUGGGAAUAUGGAACGCAAAAUUCACUUGGCGUAGCAUUUAUCAAUAAACUUGUAUCUCUUCUUUAUUAUUUGGAUGAUAAGCACAAAACGCUUAAAUUACGUAGUCUUAAAAUACCAUCAAUCUUUUUUCAAUUGCCAUUAUAUCAACAAAAUUCAUAUUAUAAAAAUGGAACACAUCAUAAAACUACAUUAAGACGUAAAGAAUUAGAACUUCAUGCUGAUAAAUUAGAAGAAUGCGUUUUACAACCAUGGGCAAGCAAACCUAGUUGGAAUGAAAUUAUAACUGCAACAUUAGAACUAUGUUCAGUAGCUCGUACAUAUGCUAAGUAUUUAGAAACAGUUAAUUUGCAUGUUCAAAGAAUUCAAUCUUCAUCUGCUCCAGCACGAAGUCCAGAAAAAGAUAGUGUGCUUGAAAUGCGAUCUUUAUCACAAAAAAAAUUUAUUCCAUCAAAUAAUAAUGAUAGUGAGGAAGAAGGCAAUGGUUGA